CUCUGGGCAUCUGGGCUCCCUUCCUGGCCGCCCCGCCCAAGCGGCUGCCCGUGACCUGCCUCGGCGCAGGGAACGGGAAGCCGGAAGGGGCAAACGGAGUUCCGUUCGCCAUGGGGCUGUUUGGGAAAACCCAGGAGAAGCCGCCCAAAGAGCUGGUCAAUGAAUGGUCAUUGAAGAUAAGAAAGGAAAUGAGAGUUGUUGACAGGCAAAUAAGAGAUAUCCAAAGAGAAGAAGAGAAAGUGAAGCGAUCUGUGAAAGAUGCAGCCAAGAAGGGCCAGAAAGAUGUCUGUGUGGUUCUGGCCAAAGAGGUGGUGAGGUCGAGGAAGGCUGUGAGCAAGCUCUAUGCUUCCAAAGCACAUAUGAACUCCGUGCUCAUGGGCAUGAAGAACCAGCUUGCGGUCCUGCGAGUGGCUGGUUCCCUGCAGAAGAGCACAGAAGUGAUGAAGGCCAUGCAGAGUCUUGUGAAGAUCCCAGAAAUACAAGCCACCAUGCGGGACCUGUCCAAAGAGAUGAUGAAGGCCGGGAUCAUAGAGGAGAUGUUAGAAGACACAUUUGAAAGCAUGGAAGAUCAGGAAGAAAUGGAAGAAGCAGCAGAAAUGGAAAUCGACAAAAUCUUGUUUGAAAUUACAGCAGGGGCCCUGGGCAAAGCACCCAGUAAAGUGACCGAUGCCCUUCCUGAGCCUGAGCCUCUGGGAGCGAUGGCUGCCUCAGACGAGGAGGAGGAGGAUGACGACCUGGAGGCCAUGCAGUCCCGGCUGGCCACACUUCGCAGCUAGGGCCACCCAGCUCGGGUUCUCCUGCUGGGUGUAUGCGUAUGCCUCUGAGGAGCAGCCACGCCAUGUAUCUCUUGCACUACACCUCCAUUUGUGAGGCACUGCAUUUGGAGAAGGUUCUAUGCUAAUAUCUCUUCACUCUCUCCUGAGAUUUGGGGAUCUCCAAGGGAUUGGUCUUAGGAAGGUGGUGUAUUAAAGGCAUCACUUUCUGAAUAUAGACAGCAGAAAUAUCUUGCUGUGGGGAGGGCAAAGAAUCCAUUUUCUCGUGAAGCAAUUUUGAGAAUAGUUGAUUGACUGAAUGUUGAGGACUCUGUACAUUUUUGUGUGUAAAAUACUAUAGAAGUGGACUUGAAUAAAUUUCUGCUUUAAUUCUU